AUGCACUGCGUAUCACUACCCAGGCCGAGUGUGUCUCCAUCGAACAUAGGAACUGACGCCAAGGACCGUUUUCGGUUGGGGAAGAACAUUACCAGUCGCAGCCUGCUGUCUGGAAUAUCACUGACCAUGGGAGGGGUAGAUACAAUGAGUAGUGCAUUUGGUAUCAAUGUCAAUCAAUUUGAUGCUGAAAGCCAGAGUGUAGAUCUGGGAGUGAGCGCUGCUACGCAGUCUUCGCAAGUCGAGUCGAGUUUGGCCUUGGGAUCGAGCCAGCCGAUGGGUCUAUCGCGCACCAACCAACUGGGCUAUCAGCUUUCCGCCGGUUUCAAAAGUUGA